CACAAAAAUCCAACGGAAUGUUACUUCUAGCUUAACUGUUCAUUGACUGAGUACACUAUCAACAAGAAGGAAUAAAAAAGAAGAGAAAAUAACGUGUAGUGCCGACGAUAUUAUUUUUGUAAAAAAGGACUUUAUUUGAUUUACGCAUGUGUGAUCAAUCGCAACAAAUUAAAACAGUGUUGCCAACGACAUCUUGAUAAAAUUAAGAUUAAAUCAAGAACGAGGUAAACAGAACGAAUUAUUCAACGUUAAAAAAAACGUUUAAACGUGAUAAAUUGAUGAAAGUUAUCUUUGAUUAAAAGUUAUAACAAGUGUAGAAUUUUAUUGUGAAUAUUGUGCCAUUUAAGGAAUACUUCGUAAUCAUGAAAGGUAGAAAGAAAAAUUCCAAUGAAAAAGUUUAUUCUGAAAAGAAUAAUCAAGAGAAAAAUAUCAUAAAGAAACAUGCAGUGAAACUUAAAAGGUUUGGAGUAAUGUCCAUGAAAUAUUACAAAAAUAUAAGAAAUAUUAAUAAUUCUAAAAAAGUGAAUACAGAUAGUAGUAAUAUUAAAAGAUCACUUAUAAGUCCAUGUAAAACAGUUUUUGUAGUUAUUGAAGAUUUAUCUCCAAAAACACUUGAAAAAUAUAUAACUAAAAAUAAAAAUCAAUCUACGUAUGAAAUAAGUAAGACAGAAAACAUACAAUUACAAAAGCUGGAACAGUCCAGUAUAUCAGAAAAGCUUUCUAGUAAAGAGAUACAAUCGAACGAUAAUGUUAGUUAUAUUUUUGCUAAAAAUAGUGAUGUAGAUAAAACUUCUUUAAAUUUGACUAAUAAUAUUAAUGUCAAUGAUAAGUCAAAUAAGAAAAGAAAGAAUGAUGAUCGAAGAGAAGAUAAAAUGGAAGAUAAAGAAGGCAUAUGUGAACCGAAAGUUAAAAGAAGAUGUAUAGUACCUAUAGAACCUAUUAAUAACAACAAUCAAAGAAGAAAGAGAACAUCUAAAUCAAGCGUUAAAGAUAUUGAACAAAUUACCGUUUUAAACAAUUUAAAACCAACUGAUAAUAAAAUUACAACAAGUAACUCAAAUCUGUAUGCCCAGAAUACAAACAUAACUAAUGCUAAAGUCAUAUUAACUAAAUUAGAAAAUAUGAAAGAUAAUAUUUAUUUUAUCAAUUGGAAGAAGAAAUGUGCACAACAAGCUCUUUUGUCUAAAAAUUUAGAACCUGCUAUACUAUAUGAAGAUGUCUCUAUAAAUACAUUACCCACAGAGAUUGUAGAUAAUUCUCACAAAACAGUUACAGAAGAUAGUGGUAAUCAUAUGAAUAAAGCAAGUAAAUUAAAUUUAUCUAUUUUACAAUCGAAAUAUAAACAACGUAUAAUUCCCAAAGUGCUCUUAGUGAAAUUAAAAAACUUAAGUGCUUCUUGUAAAGAACAAAAUUCAUUUUCAACAAUAAAACAUUCAACAGCACAGUGUAUUGAUCACUUUAAAUUGAACCUUAAUCAUUCCAGUAAUGUAUUUGAUUGUAAUAACAAAGUUAAUUCUGAUUCAUCGAAUAUACAAUCAGAGGAAAACUCUUCGUGUACAUCUGAGAUGUCUAGUACGUGUUCUGAAUCAAUAAAAGACGAGAAUCUAAAAAUACAUAAACCAUUAAUAUGUGAAAUUGAAGAAAGGCCUACUUUAUCAGAAACAUCACAGAAAAGUCUCUCUAUUGAAAGGUCAAUAUUUACAAUUUUACAAAAAUGUCUAGAACGAGUUUCAGAAAAAUCUACAAAAGAAGUUGUUUCAGAUGAGAUGUCGGAAAGAAAUUCAGAAUUAAAGACAAUUCAAACAUUACCAUCGUUUAUUACAAAACAGAAUAUUUCUCCAAAUACAAAUAAUGUGACAUUGAAAUUGACAAAUGAAAUUAAUUGUGAAGAUAUACAAAUUCCACAGAACACGGAAGUAACGAUUAAUGAUAAUGUCGUUAUUACAUCACACAAUGAUGUAUUCAAAAAAGCAGAUGGUAUUAUAAAGUUACCAGAAAAUGUGCGAACAGAACAACAACAAAUGAAUAUACCUGAAUUAAACAUUGCUGCAUCAGAUAAUCUUAUACGUAGUAAAUGUUCUUCUUACAAAUCAUUGGAUAAUUAUGAGAAUAUCCUGGAUAUUUCAAAAUCUAAUGAUGCACCAGAGUCGAGUUUGCAGCAACAAUCUUACGCUCUUGAUAGUAGUAGUCCAGAAUCAUUAACGCCUUCAAAUAUUUCCUCAUUAUCUACUAUUUCUAAAGUUAAAACGGAAAAACAUUAUCAUAAAAAUCGAGAUGAAGACGAACUUUCACAUUAUACAAUAUUUAGCAAUGAUAAUGAUAAAAGUUUACAAUGUAAUAUUUGUUCAAAAUUAUUUGAUUCAGUGAUAAGUCUCUCAAAUCAUUGUUAUAGUCAUAUUGAAGAAAAACAGUUGAAAAAAAUAUAUAAAGGAAAUGAAAAAAAUCAGAACUCGAAAUAUAUAAAUGUUAGUUGUAAUAAGGAUAAAAUAAUUGAUGUAAUUGAUAUAAUUGAUUUAAAUGAAGAAAUACAAAAAUCUAACGGGGAAUCUGUAAAUAGACCAGCUGUAAGUAGUACGAUAGUCGAAUCAUUGCAGUCUAGUCUAAAAAAUGCAAAAGAUAAAAGUAUGACCAAUAAAAUAACUUCAAUGAAAGAAAUGGGAUUUCAAAAAAAUAUAUCAGAAGAAAAUGUUUUGGAAACAUUAAGUACAGAACUCAAUAAAAAUAAAUCGAUUAAAAAUUCUACAGUUCAUGAAAAAAUAUCAUUCAAAUUUUGUGCAUGUCAUGAAAAAGAAUUGGAAAAGGAAACAUCCAUAGCACUAGUUUUAUUUUGCAAUAUAUGCAAUGUUUUAUAUCAAACUAUAGAUUGUUUUAGGGCCCAUUUGGAUGAAAAAUUUUACUCGUGUAAUGGUAAAAAAUUAUGUACAAAAUUAUCAAAACUGUAUUGCAGCAUUUGUAAAACAUUGUUAUCUGAUAGCAACGAAAUGCGUAAACAUAUGAAAAAUCAUUUAAUAUAUUUUAAAAGUAUCAAACUAUUUUGUCAUAUUUGUAAGGUACGUUUUAUCGGCAUGGGUCCUAUAUUUUUUAAACAUUGGUCACGUCACGAUAUAGAUGGUUUUUAUAAAGCUUCAGUUUCACAUUUCCCAGCAGUAUCAAUAGUGAAUGCAGCUAGAGAAGAAUGGUCAGCUAUUACUUCAGAUGAAUUCGAAUAUCUUAUAAUAACAGAACAUAUUUGUAGUCAUUGUAAUGUGCAGUGUUUUUCAACGAAUCAAUUAAAAAAUCAUAUGUCGUCCUGUAAAAACAAGUCACUUUCGAAGUCAAAAUUGGAUGUACUUGCGGAAAUUGAUAAAAUUUCAGUUUCAAACAAAUCUUCAUCUGAAGGACAUAAUUUUACUUGUCAAAUUUGUUCGGAUACUUUCAAAAACCUAAAGACAUUAAUAAACCAUUUAAAAAGUUAUCAUAUAUCUCCUGUAGAUUUCACAUGUAAACAAUGCAAACAAAGUUUUGAUAAUUUUGUUAAAUACAUAAAACAUAUAAAUAAUUGCAGUAACACAGUUGAUUCUAUUAAUGAUUCUCUUUAUCAACAUACUAAUCACCAACAUAAUAUAAUCUUCAAGAAAAAUUUUCCAAAUUUGACGGAAAUUUCGAAUCGUCCAAUUGAACAAAUUAAACAAAAUAAUAGAAUUACUCCCAUAAAUGAGAAUAUAUCUGAAGUGUCUAAAAAUCAAAAUUUUAUAGUCAAUCAGUUAAUUGAUUCACCAACAAGUUCCAGUUCUGUAAAACUUAAAGAAAUUGUUUCUGAUGAUGUAUUUUUGAGUAAUCAAAAUAUUACUAAUCAAGAUUUAGAAAAUCUUUCAUCGAUUAAUGAUGUGAAAACUGCCAACCUGAAUAUAGCUCAAAUUAAUAAUUUUAUGGGAAACAGUAUACCAUCUGUUAUUGAGAAGAAAAUAAACAAGGAUAAAAAUGCUUGUAAAGUAAAUAAUGAUUCGAAUAAGAAUGGCAGUAAAAAACAUUUAAAUAAGAGAAAUACUACAGUUGUUUUUAAAUCAUCUAAUUCAAAACAGAAUACUGUUCUUGAUAAAAAUACUCUACCAUCUAAAACCAUUAUUCAAAACGAAAAUUAUGAUAAAAUUACACUGAUCGAACCUGAAAUCUCACGGAAAGAUCAAGAAAAUUCAUGGGAAGCCAUGGAACCAACGACGAAUCUCCAAUUAAAUUAUACUAUCCAAAGAAGUAAAGAGUCAGAAAAGGAUAAGAAGUAUUUGCGCGUAAGGAAUAUCUUAGACUUGGUAGAACAACCGUCAAUAUACAACAAUAUGUUCAUUGACCAAGAUGAAAGUACCAGCACUUCAAUGUCUUCAUCUAUGGCUAUAAAUUUGUCAAAUCAAAAACAUACUAAGAAAGUAAAGAGUUGUUCUUUAUCAUCAGCAACAGCUCUAACACUGCCAUUAACAAAACCAACACUACCAUCAACAUUACCAACAUUACCAUCAAGAUUAGCAUCCACGUCAAUAACAGAAAAUACAUCAGUAUUACCAUCAGCAUCAAUAUCAGUAUCAGUACAAGAAACAAUGCAAAUACCAGUACAAUGCAAAGGAAAUAAAUCAGAAAGAACAAUACCAAUAGAAGCACCACAAUCAGAACAAAUACCUUUACCAAUGCAAAUAGUACCUUAUACAGAAUCUUGCUCAAUUCAACCAAAAAUUUCUAAUAUUCAAAAUUCAAGUAUUAGGUCGGAUGAACAUGGGUAUUCAGUGAAUCAUAUAUCUUCUGCAACGAACAACUUCAGAUCAUAUGUUGAACAACAAUCGCAAAAUAUAACUGAUAAUAUUAUAUUAAUUGUUCCACAAUCAUCGACAAAUUCGAUAACUAAUAAUUACGAAAAUACUACUACUGUAAUCCAGGAAAACAAUCAUGAAUAUAGCAAGGCUGCAUCUACAUCCACACCAUCUACAUUCACAGCAUCUACAUUUACAGCAUCUACAUCCACAGCAUCUAUAUCCACAGCUUCUACAUCCACAGCAAUUAAUUCAUGGUUCAAGAAUUAUGUUUCUAGUAAUAAUUGUAGGUCAGAAAAACCAGAUAAUACUCGUAAUUUAUUAAGUGUACAGAAUAAAGUUCAUAAUAAUUGGAGUGAUAUAGUAGCCGAAGCAAAUUCUACUGAUAUUAGACUACAAAACAGAAUGGAAUUACAUAAUAAUAAUCAAUUUUCUAAUCUUCCGGUACCAUCUCAUCAAUAUUAUCAAUAUAAUCCUGCUUAUGCUACGUUUCUUUGGAAUAGAAAUUCGCCUACAAUGCAAACAAAUCAUUCUAAGAACAAUAUUAAUUUGGUAAAUAUUAUACCUAGUACGCGACAACAGUCAAAUAAUAACAGAGAAGUGACUACUUUGUAUGGGAGAUAUUCUUCGAUCUCUAGAUUUGAGAGAUUAUUUAACCAUUUGCCUCCUCUUCAAUUUCUGCAUAUAUGCAAUUAUUGUUCAAAUAAUUCAAGGCAAUUUACGAAACAAGAAUAUGAUAGUCACCUGAAUUCUGAACAUAAUUUCAUCUGCAACCUAUGUAACUAUCGUUUUUAUACUUUAAACGACAUGGAAAAUCAUAAAUUAAAUCAGCAUUACGUAGAUUUUUCAAAUAUAUUUAAAAGCUAAAAUUUGAGCGAUAGUUGUUCAAAUGUAUUACGAAAUAAAAUAUUGUAUAUAUUGUUAUUCGAUAUAUAAUCAUUAACUAUUAUUUAUAAAUGAAAGUGGAAGUUUAAUUUCAUUGAUAUUAUAUUUACUGUAUUGUUUUUCAAUAAUAUUCAUAAAUUCAUUUUAAAAGUGUAGUAUAAAAGUCAUUAAAUUAUCAUUUUUGUUAUUUGUUAAGAAAGUAAUAUAUCAGUAUGUAUAUGCAUUUGUGCCCCGAAAUAGGCUUUUCUUCCCAUUUUAAAUCAUUCCUGAGUCCUGAAUUUUCAGUACGUCAAUACUUUCUACUUCCUUCUCGUUAUGCAUGGAAAAUAAUAUACAUAUAAGUACAUAACAUAUACAUAUAUAUUUAACAUAAUAUAUAUACUGUUAAUACAUAAUAUAUUAAAUAUAUAUAUAUAUAUAUAACGUUAACACUUUACCAACCGGCCGCUCAGCCGCAGAUACUCCAUGGCGCCAACUGUUUUUCGGCCUACACCAUCACACGGGAGUAUCUGUAAGUUUCGUAUGCUCAGAGAAAAUUGUCCGCUUUCUGUUAUAACAGGAUAGGAUAAUUAGAUUUAAUAAAAUGUUGAUAACAACAAUGCAACAAAAACGAUUAAAAUACGCUAUUGAUUGACGAUAAAAAAGCCGAUUAAUAGGCGAUCGGUCAAUAGAGUGUUAAUAUUUAAUAUAGUAUUAGAUACAUUGUAUUUAAAGACCAUUAUAGAAUGAAGGUAAUGCAUUUACCAGAUAUUUCUAAAAUUCUAUUGGAUACGUAUGUGCGAAAUAUGUUUUUAAUAAAAAAUUUUAUUUGAUAUUUGCGCUAGAUAUCUUUAUUCGGCACUUCGUACGAUUUUCUGUACAAGGGGGGACGAGUCCAGGAACUCGAUGUAGCAAUU